AUGUCUGAUACACACACGACAACGGCCCCGGCGGCCACCACGACGACCACCAAGCGGACCACGCCAGAGGGCACCGGUCCUGAGGGCAUCAGGCUCGGCACCACAGCCGAGGCGGCCGCGGCCGAGAAAAAGGCGCGCACGGCGGUGGCGGCGGCGCCAGAGCGGUCCAUCCGCAAGGACAGCAGCGCCGCGGCCGAGGCGGCGGCCGUCGUGGCGGCCAUAGCGGCGGCGACGUCGACGCGGGGCCCCGCGGUAAAGACGCCGCUCACGCACUACCCGUUGGCGGGGCAGGCGGUGCUGGAGCGCAACGCGCGGCGGCUGGCGGGCAAGCCGUACGCCAGGUACCUGAACCGGUCGCUCGAGAUGUACAGCGACGCGGCCGAGGCGCUGCAGGCGCCCAUGCCGCGCUCGGGGGUGCUGCUGCUCGCCGACGCCGGCCGGUUGCUCGAGGCGGGCCACCACGCGCACGAGAACGGCUGGUGCGGGCUCGCAGACGGCGCGGCCUACGCGGCGUCGCUAACACGCUUCCCCGAACGGUACGCGCUGUGGUACCCACACGCCCACAUCCGCGUCACCCUGGCGUCGUCGUCGUCGUCGUCGUCCUCGGGACCCGGCCGCGACCGGCUGGCGGCCAUGGCGGACCGGACGGCCCCGCACGUGCGCAAGUGGCUCGGGCGCACGCACCGCGUCGAGGAGCUGCUGGGCGAGCGGCGCGUGUCGGCGCACCUGCGCUUCGUCGAUCCGGCCCGUUACGGCCUGCCCUGGGACCGGCUACGGGCCGCGGGCUACGAGGCGGCCGUGUGCGCCGAGGUGCGCGACGGCUGGGAGCCGCGCCUCAAGGUCGGCGACGUGGUGCAUCUGUGGCGCCGCCUGGCGCCGGCCGAGGGCGGCGGGCUCGAGCUGCGCAGCCGCUACUGGCUCGGCACCGGCGUGCGCCUCGACCUGCCGCUCGUGCGCGUAGCCGUCCCGCUCGACCGCGUCGCGGGCCUCUUGGGUCUCAAGGCGGCCAGAGGAGGGGCCAGGACGGCGUACGAUAUGUUUCUGCACGACCAGAGCGAGUUUACGAAUCUCGCAAGCUUUCUGCCGCAGAUCUACGGGGAUUUUCUCGCGGGGCGGCUUGGGGACUACUGA